AUGCCCCACUCAAUCCCCAGCGACGUCAGCGACAACCAGCUCAGUGGCUCCCUCCCUGACUCCAUCUCCCACGUUGCAGUGCUGUGGGAAUUGGGGCUUGGAGGCAACAAUCUGAGUGGUGUCAUACCUGCUAGUCUAGGCGGAUUUACCGAUCUAUCAUAUCUGAACGUCUCGGGCACGGGGCUGACCUGCCCUGCAGACGGCAGCAAGUGCCUGGUGAAGCAGAGCAACACCACCGGCUUCUGCCACCUCUGCUUCUCCUUCUGCUCCUCCUGCACCCCCCUUGCUUUGUCGGCGCCCACAGAGGAUCCAGCACGGCCAGCACCAGUGUGGAUCACAAAGGAAUGGCUAUUACCGCACGCACAAUCGACAUCUGGCCCUCGCACGUUCAUUGCUGCUGCCAUUAACCACUCUACUGCUGCUGCUGUUGCGGCCGUCUUGCUCCUGGUGUUCGGGAUGUGA